UAAGAAAUCUGAAAUCAUCUACCAAAGAAAAGAUAUACUGUGAAAUUCGAUUCUUUUCAUAUCGCAUUUUCUUCUAAUUGAUAAGUCGUUCUUUCAACAUUUGUUUUGUCGCAUACUUUGAUACAAUAUUAAACUAUCCAUCUGGAAGAUAAAGGGAGCAUUUAAUCGCCACCCACGACCCCGCCAUGGCUCCCUCUGUCACUAUUGACAAUACCUCCGAUUUCAGUCCGAUAAGUACAACCACCAAGACGACUUCAUUCAAUCCUCGCACAUUACUCCUCGCACCUCCUUCUAUUGCCAGUCAUGAGGAAAAGCUAAGAAAUGUUCUUGCUACUCAUGAUAGGAGUGUUACCGACUUGCAGAUGCUGGAUCGUCUCUCUGCAGGGUUAGUCACACUCCCAGAAUCAACCUACGAUUUAGUCCUUAUCCUCACUGAUGCCGAUGGCACACGAGUCCAAUCUACCGAACUUUUGACAAGAGAUGUAUUUGGAAAAAUUACACAAGCUUUGAAGACAGGUGCAAAGUUGCAGGCACAGGAUGGUACCUUUGGCCAGGAAAUUGAUGGUGCAGAAUAUCGAGAGGCUAUCUUGGCUGGUUUGGUAGCAGAAGGAGGGGUUAUGCUCAAACCAGAUCAUAGUGCAAGUGUUGCAGUCCCUCUGCGACUUCGCAGAAAGGAUAAUAGCAAGGUUGCGGCUGUAUCUAAUGCUGGCCCUCCAGUUUCAACGGUUGAGGUACCGGUACCUGGCAAGAGAAAGAGUGUGGACAUGACGGAGGAUGUGCCAAAGAAUGAUGUGCCAAAAGGAGUUGGUUUCAUUGAUUUUAGUGAUGACUUUGAUGCUGAGGAUGAUGACGAUGAAUUAAUUGACGAGGACACUCUUCUUACUGAGGAGGAUAUGAAGAAGCCUCUUGCUAUCCGUACGUAAUGGAUUUAUCAAACUUCUGAGCUCUACUAACAUCAUCUAGCUCCCGAGUGUGCUCCAAGAGCUGGGAAACGUCGUCGUGCAUGUAAAGAUUGCACUUGUGGCUUGGCCGAAAAGCUUGCAAAGGAAGAUGCAGACAAACGAGCCACAGCCGAUAGCCAGCUACAAGCUCUUAAGCUUGAUGCGGAUGAUUUGGCUGAAGUAGAUUUCACAGUCAAAGGGAAAGUUGGGUCCUGCGGGAACUGCAGCUUAGGUGAUGCAUUCCGUUGUGAUGGUUGUCCCUACAUUGGUAUGCCUGCUUUCAAACCAGGUGAGGAGGUUCGACUUCUCAACAAUGAUGUUCAGUUGUAAUUACUUUCACUUCAUUUGAGGAACUUUAUUCUGGCGUCAUGUCUUUACAGGUGGAGUUAGGGUUGGACUCGGAGUCAUGCAUAGAGGGACGUACACAUUGUGGGGCUUGGCAUUAAUUUUAUGGUAUUUUAUGGUAUCAUAUAUAUGUGAACCAAGGUAUAUCAUGUGGUUUGUUGCUCAAUAGGUUACGCAACACAGGAAAAGCAAUGAUAAGUGAAUGAUCUUCCAUGGGAGGUCAAGUUAUAAUCACUUGAAUGAGAUAAAUUAAAUACAUACUUUAGAAUAACCAUACUUAUGUUCUCAUAGUUGUUGGAGCAUAUAUU